UUGGGUUGGCCAGUUGCCACAUGCCAAAAUCAGUGACAGGAAAGAAUAGCAAAUACGCAAGAUGAAGGUGGCGAGCCCUCCAACGCAUGACUUCGUGCACAAAAGGACCGCGCGAUGUAAGCCCUUUGCAUUGGAUCACCAGCAACCCAGGCAACGGCGCCGUCCUGCAGUUAUUCCAUCUCCGCUGCAACGCCUGGCUCAAGCAUGUGCGCUGUCUCCAACUUCCUCCGGAGAGGCCAAUCCGCUGCCACAUGACGAGGAGCGCACAUCACUUAUACCGCAAACCCUGCGUGAGAUGGAGGAGGACGUUGAGCUGCAGGAGCACUUAACGACCCUGGCAGCUGCGGGGCAGCAGGCCCUGACGCGAGAGGAGCGCUUGAAGCGGCAGCGGUCGCUAGAUGCCCUGGGUGCACCUUCAUUCUACGCUACCUGCAAGUCCCGCGGUGUGGCCCCGCUGCGCCGCGCCGCCGCCCGCACGCUGCAGCUCAACAUCGGGCUGCUGUGCAACCAGGCCUGCAGCCACUGCCACGUGGAGUCCUCGCCGCGGCGAACACAGGAGCAGGCGAGUCGCGCGGUGGUGGACCGCUGCCUGGAGCUGCUGGCGGAGGCGGCGACCCGCGGGUCGGCAGUGACCACGUUGGACAUCACGGGGGGCGCGCCGGAGCUUAACGAGAACUUCAGGUACCUGGUGCAGCGCGCCGCCCCUCUGGGUGUGGAGAUCAUCGACCGCUGCAACCUGACGGUGCUGCUGGAGCCGGGGCAGGAAGACCUGGUGGCCUUCCUGGCGGCACACAAGGUCCGCAUCGUUGCCUCGCUGCCCUGCUACUCCGCCUCCAACGUGGACGCCCAGCGCGGCCGCGGCGUCUUCGAGCGCUCCAUCGCCGCCCUCCGCGCACUCAACGCAGCCGGCUACGGCCAGCCGGGCAGCGGGCUGCAGCUGGACCUGGUGUACAACCCGGGCGGGGCCUUCCUGGCGCCCCCGCAGGCCAAGCUGGAGGCGGCCUACCGGUCCGAGUUGGGCCAGGCGUACGGCAUCAGCUUCAGCCGGCUGCUGGCGCUGAACAACAUGCCCAUCAAGCGGUUCGCGGACUGGCUGGUGCGGCGGGGUCAGCUGCAGGCGUACAUGGGCACGUUGGUGGAGGCGUUUAAUGCGGAGGCGGGGGCGGCGCUGAUGUGCAGGGAUACGGUGAGCGUGCGGUGGGACGGCACUGUGUACGACUGCGACUUCAAUCAGCAGCUCGACAUGGCCAUCAUGCAGCAGCAGCAGCAGCCGGGAGAGGAGGCGGAGGCGGGGUCCGGGGCAGGGGCGUCCUCGAGGCCGCUGAGCAUCUGGGACAUCUCCUCGCUGAAGCAGCUCACGGGGCGGCCCAUUCGCUGUGACAACCACUGCUACGGCUGCACAGCGGGAUCUGGAUCGAGCUGCCAGGGAGCCGUGGCGUGAGGAGCAGUCUUUAAGGCAAGCCUUCCCGAGCAAGCAAAUAGCAAAACCUAUGCCGCUCAUACCCGCUGCGGACAGUUUUACGGCAGCUUCCCAUGUUCCGACUGCCCAUCGCCCCUCACCCCGCCCGCCCUCCUCUCCGCCCCCCAGGCGCCAGCAAAGCGCGGGUAGGUUUCAUUCGUUGUGUGUUGUGCCUGCUUUCCGGCAGGGGGAUGUCCUUUAUCGAGGCGUUGUGGCUUAGGCAUGAUGCGGCGAUGUGUUGGGGCCACUGUUUCGGGUGUAGACAUGGGGGCUCCCGGGGCCGGGGGUUGAUACGUGCUGGGGCAUGCGCGGCGAGGUAUGACUACUUCAGGGAACGGGCUUGCAGGCGGGGGUGCGGGAGAGUGGAGGAAGGUAGGGGUUGUGAGAGCAUAGUGGUGGGUGUUCCUCUCCGCUUUUGGCAUCCAUUGAGUAUUCAGGGGCGCUUUUGGCAUCCAUCGAGCAUGCAGGGGCCCUACACUGCACUGCGAUUUGGUCCUUUGUCCCCGUGACUGCUUGCCAAGGCAGCGUGUGUCAGUAACGUUUGUUCCUGGCUAAGCUGCCUCCCCAACUUGACAAAGUCACCUACAUAUGAGUAUGGCCGUAACAUUGAAAUGGAGCUUACUGAGCUACCGGUAUAGCGUUACCCGACACCGAGCAAGUACACCGGCAUUGAAGCCCAAUGAUCUUGCCUUGCC